AGCUUGAAGUCAGUCUACUCCUCCAAUGACAAAUUAAAGCACCCAUUACUCCUACUUCGAUCUGUGGGAAUCCCGGCGGAGUUUUGGAUUUAUUUAAAAACAUGGGAUUUGAGUUGGAUCGGUUUAAAGGGGCUGUGGACCCAGAUUUUAAAUGCAAUUUGUGUAAUAAGGUUCUAGAAGACCCGCUCACUACUCCGUGUGGUCACGUCUUCUGCGCAAACUGUGUGCUGCCAUGGGUUAUCCAGAAAAGCAGUUGCCCCGUCAAAUGUCAAAGGAUCUCCACGACAGAGCUGAACCACGUUCUCCCUCUGAAAAACCUGAUUCUGAAGCUGGACAUAAAGUGUGACAACCAUGCCAGAGGCUGUGAAAAAGUGGUAAAGCUGCAUCAUCUAGCAGAGCAUGCCGAGAUGUGCGAUUACUCACCGGCCAAAUGCAGGAAUAAAGGAUGCAAGGAGGUGCUCAAUCUGAAGGACAUGGAUGCCCAUAUGCGCGAAUCGUGUGAUUACAGACCGGUCGGGAUAUGCGACAGUGGAUGUGGCUUGAUGCUCAUCCACAAAGAGCAAAAAUUAGACACCCAUUGCUGUUUGAAAGCCAUGAAAGCACAUAAUAGUGCAUUGCACGGGAAGGUGGUCAACUUGGACAAAGAGUUCAAAAAGCAAUCAUUGAAAUCAAGCAAAAGAGAGAAAUCACUUAUUGCUCAACUCUCCGCGGUGCACAAUGAGCUACAAAUGACAGCGCUGAAGUAUCAGAAGAAAUUCACUGAAUACAGUGCAAGGAUCGAUUCGCUGACUAGGACCCUUGCUCCCCCGUGCAAGGGUGGGGAGACAAAAAACCUCACAGCCAUCCUUCAUCGGGAGGGAGGUUCUCUGGGCUUCAACAUCGUGGGAGGACGACCAUGUGCGGACGACCGUGAAGGCACUUCGAAUGAAGGAAUUUUUGUAUCCAAGAUCGUUGAGAAGGGACCAACAGACAAGGAGGGAGGCCUUCAGAUCCACGACAGAAUAAUGGAGGUGAAUGGGAAGGACCUGUCCAAGGCCACCCAUGACCAGGCAGUGGAGGUCUUCCGCACGGCCAAGGAGCCCAUCAUGGUCCAUGUGCUUCGCCGGGCCCCCCGCCCCAAACCCUCUAUCCCUGCCUCAGACACCGAGGUGGUAGACAUCAGCACCCAGACAGACAUCACCUUUCAACACAUCAUGGCCCUCACCAAGCUACCUGCCCCCACCCCUGCCGUGGCUGUGCUGGAGCAAUACCUAAUGCCUGAGGAGCAUUCCCCUGGGCACGAGUACUUUGACCCCAAUGAUUUCCUGGAGGGCAUGCAGCAGGAGAUUGAUCGAGAGGAGCUGGAAUAUGAGGAAGUGGAUUUGUACAGAACCAACAUCCAGGACAAGCUUGGUUUGACUGUCUGCUACAGGACUGAUGAUGAGGACGAGACUGGGAUCUAUGUCAGUGAGAUUGACCCAAACAGCAUCGCUGCAAAGGAUGGCAGGAUCAGAGAGGGAGAUAGAAUUAUCCAGAUCAAUGGAAUUGAGAUCCAGAACCGAGAGGAUGCUGUGGCUUUGUUGACCAGUGAGGAGAAUCAGAAUGUGUGCCUUCUGGUAGCCAGACCAGAGAUCCAGCUGGAUGAGGGUUGGAUGGAUGACGACAGGAAUGACUUCCUGGAUGACCUCCACAUGGACAUGCUGGAGCAGCAGCACCACCAGGCCAUGCAGUUCACCGCCGGCAUGCUGCAGCAGAAGAAGCAUGAGGAGGAUGGUGGAACAACGGACACAGCCACCCUGUUGUCCAACCACCACGAGAAGGAUAGUGGGGUUGGCCGCACCGACGAGAGCACGCGCACCGACGAGAGCACACGCAACGACGAGAGCUCUGAGCAGGAGAACCUGGGGGAUGACCAGACUACAGCCUCCAACACACUGGGCAGCUGCAGCCGCAGGAAGCUGACCUACAGCCAGGACACCCUGGGCAGCACUGAACUGCCUUUUAGCAGUGAGUCCUUCAUCUCUGCAGACUACGACCAUGCUGACUUCCUGGGUAUCCCUGCCGAUGAGUGUGAGCGCUUCCGAGAGCUCCUGGAGCUGAAGUGCCAGGUGAGGAGCGUGGGGGGCCCCCAUGGACUGUACUGCCAGAGUGCCAGGGCCGGAAGGGCCGAAGAGGGGGUGGACAAGGAGCUGGAGCUGCUGAACGAGGAGCUGCACAGCAUUGAGCUUGAAUGCCUCAACAUUGUCCGGGCCCACAAGAUGCAGCAGCUAAGGGAGCAGUACCGCGAGUCGUGGAUGCUGCACAACAGCGGCUUCCGCAACUACAACACCAGCAUCGAUGCGCGCCGCCACGAGCUCUCUGACAUUAACGAACUGCCCGAGAAGUCGGACAAGGACAGCUCCAGCGCCUACAACACUGGAGAGAGCUGCCGCAGCACCCCCCUCACCCUGGAGCUGUCCCCAGACAACUCCCUCCGAAGGGGGGAAGAGAACCAGGGCGAGGCCGGGGCCUACGGCAGCGCAGGGCUCAACAACAGGAUCCUCAAGCCCCUGCUGUCUCCUGUCCAUGAGGCCGAUGGUCCCAGCAGAAUCAGGCCCUCCUCCUCUAAGGAGUCUGAGUGUGACCUGCAGGCGGAGGAGAAGGAGCGUAAGCUGGGAGAGUCUACUCACAAGCUGGCCCAGCCCCGCUCCCUGUACAAACACGCCCACAUCCCGGCCCAUGCCCAGCACUACCAGAGCUACAUGCAGCUGAUCCAGCAGAAGUCUGCCGUGGAGUAUGCCCAGAGCCAAAUGAGCCUGGUCAGUCUGGUCAGCCGCGGUGACCCUGUGACCCCCAGAGACAUGCUGGAGCCCAAGAAGGAGUGGAAGGUGAAGAUCCGCAGCGAUGGCACACGCUACAUUACCAAGAGGCCCAUCAGGGACAAGCUGCUGAAGGAGCGCGCCCUGCGUAUCCGCGAGGAGCGCAGCGGCAUGACCACAGACGACGACGCCAUCAGCGAGCUGAAGAUCGGGCGGUACUGGAGCAAGGAGGAGAGGAAGCAGCACGCGGUGCGCGCCAAGGAGCAGAAACAGCGCCGCGAGUUCAUGAAGCAGAGCCGCGCCGACUGCCUGAAGGAACAGGCCAGCCUGGAUGACGACAAGAAGGAGCCCAAUAUCAUUGAGCUGAGCCACAAAAAGAUGAUGAAAAAGAGGAACAAGAAAAUCUUUGACAAUUGGAUGACUAUCCAGGAACUUUUGACCCACGGUGCUAAGUCGCCUGACGGCACGCGAGUGUACAACUCCCUCCUGUCUGUCACCACAGUGUAGGAGGCAGACAGGACAGGCCAGGCCUGGGUGUAAUGUACUGUAAAUAGGACACUACCGAUUGGGGUACAGAUUUCUGCCUCGUUCAAUGUGGCAACAUUUUGUAAAUAUUAAACAGGUAAAGCCUUUCUGAAGGACCUUUUGGCCCCUGCGGGCGGUUGAGAGAUACUUUACAAAGUGUUCCAUGGAUGGACUUUGAAGAUGAUUAUUGACAGGAUAAUACUGUUUUCAAAUGCUUUCAAUAACUUUCCUUCUGGGCACAUUUCCAACUGGGCAUUUUGGCUCAAUGUAAUUUCAUUGAAAUGAUGUGGAAACAACGUUGACACAACCAGUGUGUGCCCAGUGAGUUUCUACCUUUGUUCUGUGUGUCAAAACCGUUUGUCAUAAGUAAAGAGCAGCCAACAUUUACGCAUUUUUUUGUUUUAUUACAUUUUUAACAAGUAUCUCUUAUCAGUAUUUUACUGUUAUACACUAAACAGUGCCUUCAGAAAGUAUUCAGACCCAUUGACAUUUUGUUACGUUACAGCCUUAUUCUAAAAUGUAUUAAAUCAUUUUUCCCUCAUCAAUCUACACCCCAUAACGACACAGCAAAAACAGGUGUUUAGAAAUGUUUGCUAAUUUAUAAAAUAAAAAAAACAGAUAUCACAUUUACAUAAGUAUUCAGACCCUUUACUCAGUACUUUGUUGAAACACCUUUGGGAGCUAUUACAGCCUCGAGUGUUCUUGGAUAUGAUGCUGCAAGUUUAGCACACCUGUAUUUGGGGAGUUCUUCCCAUUCUUCUCUGCAAAUCCUCUCAAGUUCUGUCAGGUUGGAUGGGGACCGUUGCUGCACAGCUAUUUUCAGGUCUCUCCAGAGAUGUUCGUUUGGGUUCAAGUCUGGGCUCUGACUGGGCCACUCAAGGACAUUCAGAGACUUGUCCCAAAGUUACUCCUGCAUUUCCCUGACUGUGUGCUAAGGGUCAUUGUUCUGUUCGAAGGUGAACCAUCGCCCCAGUCUAAGGUCCUGAAUGCUCUGGAGAAGAUUUUCGUCAGGGAUCUCUCUGUACUUUGCUCUGUUCAGCUUUGCCUCAAUCCUGACUAGUCUCCCAGUCCCUGAAAAACAUCCCCACACUAUGCUGCUGCCACCACAAUCCUUCACCGUAGAGAUGGUGCCAGGUUUCCUCCAGGCGUGAUGCUUGGCAUUCAGGCCAAAGAGUUCAAUCUUGGUUUCAUCAGACCAGAGAAUCUUGUUUCUCGUGGUCUGAGAGUCUUUAUGUGCCUUUUGGCAAACUCUAAGCGGGCAGUCAUGUGCCUUUUACUGAGGAGUGACUUCCGUCUGGCCACUCUACCAACAAGGCCUGAUUGGUGGAGUGCUGCAGAUAUGGUUGUCCUUCUGGAAGGUUCUCCCAUCUCCACAGGGGAACUCUGGAGCUCUGUCAGAGUGACCAUUGGGUUCUUGGUCACCUCCCUGACCAAGGCCCUUCUCCCCUGAUUGCUCAAUUUGGCCAGGCAGCCAGCUAUAGGAAGAGUCUUGGUGAUUCCAAAUUUCUUCCAAUUAAGAAUUAUGGAGGCCACGGUUUUCUUGGGGAUCUUCAAUGCUGCAGAAAUGUUUUGAUACCCUUCCCCAGCUCUGUGCCUCAACACAAUCCUGUCUUGGAGCUCUAGGGACAGUUCCUUCGACCUCGUGGUUUGGUUUUUGUCUGACAUGCACUGUGAACUGUGGGACCUUAUAUAGCCAGGUGUGUGCCUUUCCAAAUCAUGUUAAUUCAAUUGAAUUUACCACAGGUAUACUUCAAUCAAGUUGUACAAACGUCAAUGGAAACAGGAUACACCUGAGCUCAAUUUUGAGACGUAUAGCAAAGUGUCUGAAUGCUUACGUAAAUAAGGUAUUUAUGGUUUUUUUCUCGCUUUGUCAUUAUGGGGUAUUCUAUGUAGAUUACUGAGGAUUAUAUAUUUUUUAAUCCAUUUUAGAAUAAGGCUGUAACGUAACAAAAUAUGGAAAAGGUCAAGGCAUCUGAAUAGUUUCCGAAGUCACUGUCUAUGCAAAAGUAUGGGGACACCCUUUCAAAUUAGUGGAUUCGGCUAUAUCAGCCACACCCGUUGCUGACAGGUGUAUAAAAUUGAGCACACAGCCAUGCAAUCUCUAUAGACAAACAUUGGCAGGACAAUGGCCCAUACUGAGGAGCUCAGUGAUUUUCAACGUGGCACAGUCAUAGGAUGCCACCUUUACAUCAAGGCAGUUUAUCAAAUUUCUGCUCUGCUAGAGCUGCCCCGGUCAACUGUAAAUGCUGUGAUAAUGAAGUGGAAACCUAGGAGCAACAACGGCUCAGCCGUGAAGUGGAAGGCCACAGAAGCUCACGGAACAGCACCGCCGAGUGUUGAAGCGUGUAGCGAGUAAAAAUCAUCUGUCCACGGUUGUAAUACUCACUACCAAAUUCCAAACUGCAUCUGGAAGCAACGUCAGCACAAUAACUGUUCAUCGGGAGCUUCAUGAAAUGGGUUUCCAUGGCCGUGCAGCCGGACACAAGCCUAAGAUCACCGAGUGCGAUGAUAAGUGUCUGCUGGAGUGAUGUAAAACUCAUCGCCAUUGGAAUCUGGAGCAGUGGAAAGACGUUCUCUGGAAUGAUGAAUCAUGCUUCACCAUCUGGCUGUCCGACGGACAAAUCUGGGUUUGUCGGAUGCCAGGAGAACGCUACCUGCCCCAAUGCAUAGUGCCAACUGUAAAGUUUGGUGGAGGAGGAAUAAUGGU